AUGGAAGAUUCUAAAAUUCAAGAAGUUAGAGAAACGUUGGAUAAACGUCUUACUAAAUUCAUGUUAUCAUUUCACAAUAAAGUACUCUACGAGAUAUCCACUUUACUUAAUACUGGUUUAGAUCGGGACACCCUUUCCAUAUGCCUGAACUUGUGUGAAAAUGGUGUAAAUCCCGAAGCUUUGGCUGAACUUCGAAGAGAAACUGUUUCAUUAAAGCCAUUUGAUUCAGUUAACUCAACAACUUCGAAUGAUCGUGGUGGAACGAGCAGUAAUCUUAAGAAAUAG